AUGGAAGAUGAGAUUGCCAAGUUGAGGUCUCAGCUUGCUGAAGAACAACACCGGCGCAGGGAGGAGCAACGCCGACGAGAACAGGCCGAGGCUCUGGCUACCGAAGAACAGCAUCGACGCGAGGAAGAGCAGCAUCGACGCGAGGAAGAGCAGCGCCGACGCGAGCAAGCCGAACAGCAAACCAGGCAGACAACACUGAUGGAAUACAUCCAACUAUGCCAUGACCUCAUCUUCUCACAGUUGGUUAUUGAAACAGACAAACGUCUCACAUCAAAAGGUUCCAUUACCAAUCCACGAGAUAAGUGGUGUCCUGCACUCAUGUUACCAUGGUUGGAUUUCUUUGAUCAGCAAAAAGCUGUCUUCCGCGACCUUCAUUCCACCUUUCCUGGCGACACAGAGGCCUUUGAAAGUCGGAGUUUCCUGCAGGGCCUUGGCGAGAGGAUAGCAAGAGGAAAGGUAGCAAAUGAGAGAGAUCUAGAAUACUUCCAACAUACCAGUGUUGAGGAUCCCGUACGGUCCAUCAUCGAGCGGUUCAGGACAGAGGGCGGGGUCAAGAGCGAGUUCGACAUUGCAGGCGGCAUUGUUUUCGAGAACCAUCCCAAUGCCAUAAGCGACAUGGCCGAAGAAGUACUGGCACGUCGUGCUGACACCACCCAAGCGCGACCGACAACGCCAAAUCAUGCCCUCCGAAGGGGAAGCAGACUCUGCCCGGAUCAGAUCUGUGUCUACCGAGAUGACGGUACGCAGCCUGGUGGACGAACCGCGGCCUACAUCAUCGAGUACAAGGCACCACACAAGCUUACCGCACCGCACCUUCGCCUUGGUCUCCGUCGCAUGGACAUUUGCAAAGAGGUUGUAAAUCGGAGUACCAUCCCAGCGGCUACGAACAAUACAGAGCGGUUCCGAUAUCACGCAGAUAAGCUGACAGCAGCUGCGGUCACACAGACCUUCCACUACAUGAUCGAGGGUGGACUUGAGUAUUCAUACUUAACAACGGGCGAGGUUAUCGUCUUUCUUAAGAUUGAUUGGUCCGACCCUACCAAGCUCUAUUAUCACCUGGCAGAGCCUGGCCCGGAAGUUGCCGCACACCCGGAUCAAGCAGGCUAUUGUACGGCAGUUGGCCAAGUCCUGGCAUUUAGUCUAAUGGCUUUCGGCAAACCGGGUCAACGGCAAAAACAUGCACAGGAAGAGCGACGUUCGGCAAUGAAGCACCUCCAGACAUGGACCGAAGACUACGAAGAAAUCCUGCGCUCCAUCCCAGCAAGCGAGCGACGAGCACCUCCAAAUUCGGCUGGCUAUGAGCCCAGCACGUACAAGAAAGUGAAUCGAUCACCGUAUGACUUGCGUGGCAAGAAGAAACCGAAGAGAUUGAUAGUUGACCAAGAUCGUCCUGCUGCUGGCACCCCUGGUAGGAACCAGACCCCAGACCCGUCUGAGGACGAGUCUGAGCAGCACUUGUCGCACAGCCCAACGCCGACCGGCUCGAGAAAUCGCAGCCGGCCUGGGCAGCACAGCCAACCAGAUUCAACACAGCAAUCUUGCGGGGCCAACACCAGUACCUCGCCUCAACAUCAGUACUGCACGAAUAAGUGCCUCUUGGGACUGGUGCACGGAACUUUCCUUGAUGAUCAGUGCCCCAAUGUUGCGCUGCACCGAGGGAAGAAGAACGGCGAUUGUCAUCCGGUCUCGCACUCCCAGUGGCUUCAUCUUCUCAAGGAACAGCUCGAGCGGACAUUAGACGACGGCAUCGUAUGUCUCGGGAAGCAAGGAGCACGAGGAGUCCUAUUCCAAGUUACACUACUCGAGCACGGCUACACGUUUGUGAGCAAGGGCACAAUCUCGGAGUAUGUUCAGGAUCUCGAACACGAAAUCUCGGUAUAUCGUCGACUUAGUCCUGCCCAGGGCGUUGAUGUGCCUGUCUGCUUAGGCGCUAUUGACCUCCGUGAUAUCUCACGCAUCUAUUAUUACGACUUUCGCGUGCGGGUUGUCUAUAUGAUGUUUUUAGCAUGGGGUGGCCGAAGCUUGCAUGAUCUGGACCCUUCUGACACCGUCCCCGCAAACCUCAGCUACGCACUGGUUCGGUCGGUGCAAACGCUGCAUACAAUGGGAGUGGCACAUGCAGACGUCCGGAUGUCUAACUUCUUAUGGAACGAAGAAAAUUAUCGCGUCAUGAGUAUCGACUUUGAGCGGGCGAUCUUGAUGGAUCCUCCACGGCUGCCUCUCGCCCAAGUCAAUACCAACAAGAGAAAACGAACAGCCCCCGAUCUACAUGACAAGCCAGCAGCAAAGCCAGCUUCUCAAGCCGACUACCGUCGGCUGAUAGCAGACGAUAUUUCAGCAGCCCGGUCGAUUUCGUAA